CCUGGAGACUGGCGUGACUAGUGAAAUAUCAGCCACAGUAACCAAUCAACUUAAUACUCCGCAUGUAUCCCGGUUUUUCCACCAAACUUGACUAGGUUCCCCGCACUUGCUCUCAAGUGGUGGAGAAUCUUUUGCAUUCGCUGUUGGCCACUAACAGCCCAAGGACCUGUCAGGCCACUUCUAGCACUCAAAGCUUUGCGCCGCCAGCAAGGACGAAAAGGCCAAUCAAUACGAGCGCUGAACAAAGUCCACCUCGGAAGAAGACCAGCGUGACUCGCGCCAGGGUUCCACCGCGGCAAUUGAAUGCCAACGGAUAUUUGUUCUUGCUUCCUCGGUUUGGUCAGGCUUCAAAUUGCUGCUGGAGCAGAAAUACCAUGAGAUGCCCCCCCGCCCUUGCUUCUUACUAGGCCCGACAGAGAGGGCAUCUUCUUGGCCCACCGCCCUCGACCUACUUCUCCUUUAUUUGUCUCACGCUCAGCACAUCAAUUAGCGAAAUUGGUUGCUUACACCUCGACACAAUGGCGAGGAUGAAUACCCUAGGCAUCGGCGAGGCCGAAGUACUGAAGGAGAAGGGUCAAGAGCACGUUGAAGAAGUGGUGCUGGCACGCUUAACCGAAGAGGAUCUAUGGAAGCUAUCUCAAGAGUCACUGACCGUCUGGUCAUGGACUGGAUUCCGUCUAGCCCUCAUUAUGUUUGUGCAUGGCUGCAAUCAAGCCGGCUUCGGCAUCGAUUGGGGCGUUAUCAGCGGUAUCAACUCCCUCGACGCUUGGCACACAUACUUCGGCUUUGGCACUAGUGGGAGUACAUAUGGUCUGAUCAAUGCGCUUAUGAGUAUCGGCACUGUCUGUGGUGCUCCAUUCAUGGGCUUCGCCGAUAUCAUUGGUCGUCGUGGAAUCAACUUCGCAGGAAACGCAAUCGUCAUUUUCGCCGCUGUGCUUCAAGGCUGUGCGCCAAAUCUAAAGGCCUUCAUGGCUGGUCGAUUCUUCAUGGGAUUUGGUACUGCUCUCAUGUCCAGUUCUCAGUAUAUUGGCGAAAUUUCCCCCAUUCACCUUCGUGGUCGUAUGGUGGGCUUCUUCGGGGCCUGCUUCCAGAUUGGAAGUCUCACAAUGUUGGGGGCCAUGAUUGGUCUAUCAAAUCUGCCCGGGAACAAUUGUUGGAGGAUACCUCUCAUUCUCGAAGCCAUUUUUCCAGCGAUUGUCUGCCUGACCAUCUACUUCUUGACCCCCGAGUCGCCUCGCUACUAUGUCAUGAGAGGCAACCGUCAGAAGGCCAAGGAGAUUGUGGCCAAGUAUCACACGACCAGCGGAGAUAUCAACCAGCCUGUGGUUGAGAUUGUGGUAUCCCAAAUGGAGGAAUCUCUUGAGAAUGACCAAACUGGAUUCAGGGCAUUCUGGGAUUACCGAGUGUUCUUCACAAAGAUGGCUCGUUAUCGUCUCCUGGUCUUGACAUUGUAUUCUUUAUUCCAGCAGUGGAAUGGCGGGUCAAUUCUCACGUAUUAUAUGGUUGAUGCACUGAAGACUGUCGGAAUUACAGGUACCAAGCAACAACUGGGUAUCAAUAUCGGCACAACAGUAGUCUACUUUGUUUUUACCGCCUUCGGUUCUCUGCUCGUCGAUAAAUUCAGGAGACGAACUCUCAUAUUUACGGGAUUAAUCAGUAUGGUCAUCUUCCAGACCGCAACAACUAUCACAUCUUGGCAAUACAGCCUGAAUGCGACUCACGCUGCCGCCGCUCUUACACUGCUCUGGAUAUUCCUCUAUCAGGCAUUUUCAGCUACAUUUGUUGCGACGAUGCAUAAUCUGUAUCCUGUCGAGAUCUUGUCUCUGGCCCUUCGAGCGAAAGGCAUGGGUCUGUACAGUUUAAUCCAGGGUGGUGCCAGUGCAGUCCAAACUUAUGGCAUUAGCGUCGGCAUCGCCAAAGUUGGGUACAAAAUUUGGGUGGUUUAUAUUGUUUACAACACCGUCCAACUUAUCUUGUCAUAUUUCAUCUUCCCGGAAACAGGUGGUUUGAGUUUGGAGGAGAUCGACACUGUGUUUGAAACGCCUGGGGUUCCACCUGUCAAGAUGUCGCUGGAUAUUCAAAAGGCAAAGAAGGAGAGACUCGCAGCAGCGAGGGAUGAGGAAGCCAGAUCUAGGUAGUGA